AUGACGUCUACAUCGUUAAUGAGGAUUAUUAUUUUUAUUCUUCCAAUAUUUUCUUGGUAUAUAACUUCAACAAUAGCUUCUAAUCUAAAUAUAGUUAAUUUAAAUGGAUUAAAAGCUCAAUUUCAAACAGCAAUAAAAUCAUUUUCGGAUGUAGCAUCAUUACAUUAUACAUUAGGUGGUGUUAAAGAACUUGGUGUUCAACUUCCUGAUUCACAUUGUAAUGAUAUUAAAAAAUUAGUUGAUAAAUCAAAUGUUGAAUCAAUAUAUCAUGCUACUGAAGCAGCGAAAACAUUAGUUAAUUGCAAAUUACCCGCCGAAGAUUAUCGUUCAACUUUAACAUCAGUUCUUCAAUCGGAUGAAAGUAAAACAGCUGAUAUUUAUUAUGCCGUUUGUUCAAGUGUUAAUCUUGGUUUAAAUAUUGAUGAAUCAAAUAUUGAAAAACGUCUUAAUACAUUAGCUAAAACUGAUGAUAGUAUAUUAAGUCAAGCUUAUGGAUUAUUAACUGGUGCACAAUUAAGUCAACCAAUAGCAAAAUAUUAUGCUGAUACAAUAAAUGAUCUUGUUCAACAAGCUGAUGAAAUUGAUGGACGUAUAUUACAAUAUGAAGGUGGUAUUGGUACAACAGCAUUUAUUGUUAAUUCAUUUUAUGAAGUUGCCGAAAAAGCUGGUGUAUCAAUUAAAACUGAUCCAAAACAAUUAAUAAAAUUUGCAACAUAUUUUUCAAGUAAACGACAUGUUGCUACUUUACGAAGUGCUUAUUAUUUAACAAAAGUAUUUAAACAUUUAUGUGAUAAUAAGAAUCCAGUACCAAUUGUUGUUAGUCGUAUUAGUCCAUCAGCUAUUAGUCCACAAAAUCCAUCAGUACUUGUUUCAAUUACAAAUCUUUUAGGACAACCUGUUGGUGAAAUGUCUGUUGUUGCUGAAUCAGCUAAACGUAAAGAAGAUGGAGUUGUUGUUAUAUCAAAACAAAAACUUAUUUCAAAAGCUAGUGAUUUUUCUGUUUAUGAAUUACCAUUUUAUGAUACAAAAAUUCCUCGCGGAUUUUAUACAAUUCAUUUAACAUUAACAGCACGUAAUGAAGGAAAAUUAAUUGGUUUAACUGAUAAUAUAAUCGAUGUUAAAGUUACAUCAGAAGGUACAAUUGAAAAUGCUGAAUUAAUUGUUGCCGAUCGUGAUCAUGGUGCUCAAUCUAAAACAUACAAAUUAACUUAUCCAAAUGCUCAAUCUGAUAAACUUGAACUUGAUUAUCAUCAAAAAUUAACAGUAAAAUUUCAAAUAAAAGAUAAACAAAGUGAUGAAUUUAUGCCUGUUCAACAAGCAUUUUUACGUUUUACAAAUAAACAAUCAAAAAAAGAAAUUAUUUAUUUAGCUGAAGCAACAGAUAAUGGUAAUUCACAAUAUAAAGUUGAAGUGGAUUUAACAACAAAUGCAAAUGAUUUUCGUUAUCAAUCAGAUAAAUAUGAACUUGUUUUAAUUCUUGGUGAUUCAUUAUUACAAAAUGCAUAUGAAUGGAUAUUAAAUAAUAAUGUUCAUUUAACAUUUCAUGAAGAUAGUCUUCCUGAUAAAGAUUAUAAAAAUUUAUAUUUACCUAGACAAGAAAUAAUUCAUCAAUUUCGUGAAGAUGAAAAACGACCACCAAAUAUUGUUGCAUUUGUUUUUAGUACAUUAGCAUUAUUACCAUUAUUAAUACUUUUAAUAUUAUGGCUUAAACUUGGUUUUAAUCUAUCUGGUUUACCAUUGGGACUUAGUCCAUUAGGUUUUCAUAUAUCACAUGGAGCUGCUUUUGCAUUGAUGUUUUUCUAUUGGAAAUAUUUGGAUAUGUUUCAAACAAUUCGUUAUUUAGCUUUAAUUUCUAUACCAUUAUUUCUUUUUGGUCAUCGAGUAUUAUCAACGUUAGCUGCUCGACGAGAGAAGAAAGCUUAA